GCUUCGCUUGUGCUUCCUUGCAUCGCUGCUUGUUCUUUUCAUCGUUAUCUACGAAAGCUUCUUUUCACAGCACACGCGCACCUCUAUAUUUAGAGAGAGAGAGAGAAGAAAAUGCGCGUGGCGCUGUACCGACUACAGCCACACGUCGCCCGUGACUGUGUCGCUCUUCUCCGCAGCGUCCACGACACCUCAGUCACCGCCGUGCGUCGAUGCGUGUCGCUCUCUGCUCUGCACGCAGUUCAACUCCACGGUGCUACCGCCUGGUGCCCCUGCCCGCGGCGUCUGUGCAGCACCACGCGUGAGGGCAACGAAAGGCACGAGAGCAUGACGGAUACCGCAGAUGCCUCUGACCUUAUCUGGAGCUUGCUGGACGACCCCUCAAUUGUCGCCGCUGCUGAACACACUAAGCCGGAGGUGUCUUCUUCCGCCGAAGGAAGCGAGGCGCCUGCUGGUGAGCGGCGUGAGCCUGUAAAGCCGAAUAAUGAAGAAGGAAGCGGUGGUGCAGAGGACGUCCCUUCACCAACUCCAGAUUACGUCUGGGUCGCACUGCACAACGUGCCUCGAAAUUGGCUGCACGAGGACAUUGUUCACUUCAUUCAUCAGGUCGCCCAGCACGCGGGCAUCGCCGCACCGUCCACGGCCGCCUCUCCCCUUCACGAAGCAUCCCCCGCGAGCACGGCGGCAGACGAAAAGGACGAUGACAACCGCAACGACACCACCGAAGGCGACGAAGACAGCCCCAGUACGAUGAGCCGUGUAACCUCGCCCUUUGUGCACCGCCUGCACAUCCCGUUUGGGCGGCGAACGGGUCUUGUGUACGGCAGUCCGAAGCUGCUCCUCUCCUCCGCCCGACUCGCGACGUACCUCACAAGCGAGCUGACCUUCGACGCGGACGACUUUCGCAGUCGAGUUUACUUCACAAAGCUGACCCCUGCAGAGCUGCCCGCUAAGCUUCAACAGCAGCAACCAUCAUCGUCGUCGUCGUCGUCAUCACACGGCGAGGGCGGUCCGUCAGCUGCGUCCGACAGCUUUGCCCAGGUGCGCUACACCCCGAUCGAGGAGACGGUGGAGCAGGAGAAGGCCGACGCCCUGCGCACCUUGGAGCUGGACCGCUACCUUUUUGCGCCAGACUUGCUGCUGGACAUCGCCAAGUCGCACCAGCGCCGGCUCGUGACGAAGAACGAGAAGGUGCUGCUGGAUGCGUUUGUGGAUGGGGAGGAGGACAACGGCGAUGAUGACGAGGAAGACAACAUGGAUGCAGCAAUUGAAAACGACGACCUGGAAGAUGAAGAAAGCGCCGCAGCUGCCGGGAGUGGUGCGAGUUCAAGCCUUCGGCGGCGGCGCACGUCUCCUUCCGCUGCCGCUGCCUCCUCCCCUGCCCGGCGUCUACGUCGACACCGAGGCACUGCGGGCGGGGGGCGUAGUAGGCAGCACGCCAAGCGACCCACACAGGUUCGUGCGGGUACGCAGAAACACCUGGGACGCGGCUCGAUGCACAACAUGCCGAUUCCGAAGCCCUACGUGCAAGGACGAAAGCUGUAG